AUGGAAAUUUCACUGAAAGACCCGUUGGUGCAAUCUUACAUAUUCUAUUCAGCUGUACUGGCAGUGAAAUUGUUAAUAGUGACCUUCCUGACGGCCCGAGUGCGUAUCUCGAAAAAAGUGUUCGCCAAUGAAGAGGACGCCAAAGCAUUGAAGAACAGCAAAGUGAAAUUAGACGAUCCAGACGUGGAGAGAGUACGUCGCGCUCAUUUGAACGACCUUGAGAAUAUACCAGCCUUUUGGAUCCUCGCUGCGCUGUAUUUGACCACAUCCCCGGCGGUCGCUUGGGCCAGACUUUUGUUUCGCGUCUUCGCUAUUGGAAGGAUUAUCCACACUAUUGUGUACGCUGUGAUACCGAUGCCGCAGCCGGCAAGAGGUAUAGCGUUCGGUAUACCGUAUGUCAUCAACAUGUAUAUGGGUGUUCAGGUAGUGAUGUAUUAUUUAUCUGCAUUGUAA